AUGAUUAUCAAGUCGAUAUAUGUAGCAUACACAUCAUCAUCAUCAUCAUCAUCAUCAUCAUCAUCAUCAUCAUCAUCAUCAUCAUCAUCAUCAUCAUCAUCAUCAUCAUCAUCAUCAUCAUCAUCAUCAUCAUCAUCAUCAUCAUCAUCAUCAUCAUCAUCAUCAUCAUCAUCAUCAUCAUCAUCAUCAUCAUCAUCAUCAUCAUCAUCAUCAUCAUCAUCAUCAUCAUCAUCAUCAUCAUCAUCAUCAUCAUCAUCAUCAUCAUCAUCAUCAUCAUCAUCAUCAUCAUCAUCAUCAUCAUCAUCAUCAUCAUCAUCAUCAUCAUCAUCAUCAUCAUCAUCAUCAUCAUCAUCAUCAUCAUCAUCAUCAUCAUCAUCAUCAUCAUCAUCAUCAUCAUCAUCAUCAUCAUCAUCAUCAUCAUCAUCAUCAUCAUCAUCAUCAUCAUCAUCAUCAUCAUCAUCAUCAUCAUCAUCAUCAUCAUCAUCAUCAUCAUCAUCAUCAUCAUCAUCAUCAUCAUCAUCAUCAUCAUCAUCAUCAUCAUCAUCAUCAUCAUCAUCAUCAUCAUCAUCAUCAUCAUCAUCAUCAUCAUCAUCAUCAUCAUCAUCAUCAUCAUCAUCAUCAUCAUCAUCAUCAUCAUCAUCAUCAUCAUCAUCAUCAUCAUCAUCAUCAUCAUCAUCAUCAUCAUCAUCAUCAUCAUCAUCAUCAUCAUCAUCAUCAUCAUCAUCAUCAUCAUCAUCAUCAUCAUCAUCAUCAUCAUCAUCAUCAUCAUCAUCAUCAUCAUCAUCAUCAUCAUCAUCAUCAUCAUCAUCAUCAUCAUCAUCAUCAUCAUAUUAG